GAAUUUUGCACCAAUUUAGUGCUGCGCUGCUCUGGUGAAGAACGGGUCAGUUUCGUGCAUCGUUUCGAUUAUCGCCCUAAUACCUCUUCUUUACGAUGGCCAACGAACUGAACGGUUCGCCCCGGUAUCCUAUUCCGGAAAAACUCCCGAAGCCGUACGAUAUCUCGUACCACGACCCAAAAUUUCUGAAAAAUUACAAAGGAUGCUUCGUAGAAUAUCCAAAGUAUUUGACCCUAGACGAUGUGGAAACCUUUGAAGCGUCUCCGCUGGACACUCCAGUUUGCUCAUUUCCUAAGACUGGGACCACAUGGAUGAACGCUAUCAUCGUCGGCAUCAAUGCAAAAGGUGACCGCAACUGUUUUUACGACGCGCCACUGGAAAUGAAGAGUCCAUUUCUGUGCCGCUGCGAACCAGAGCAGCCGGUAGGCACUCGAGCAAUCGACAUUCUGAAGAAAAAGCCUCCGGGCAGGACUUUCUUCACCCAUUUGGCUUACCAAGCGCUACCUGAAUCGAUCAUCCGAGCCGGUGCCAAGAAAGUGUACAUUUGGCGCAAUCCGAAAGACACCAUGGUUGCCCUGUACCAUUUUCUCCAAAUUCAGCGCCGUAUCGGAUUUCAUGGGGAUUUAAAUGAAGUUGUUGAUUCAUUCAUUAACGAUCAUGUCGAAUUUGGUCCGUUCUUUGAUCACAUUGCCAGUUUCUGGAGCCGUCGCCACGAAGAUCCGAACAUCUUCUUCUGUUCUUUUGAGCAACUGAAAAAGAACUUUGAACCGGUGGUGUCUCGCUUGGCGGAAUACCUCGGCAAGCCGCUUACUCAUGAACAGAUCCAGGUUAUCAAGGAGGAAACCGACUUCCCCAAAUUUCAGGCUAACCUAAUGCUCAACAAGUACAAAGCUCAUGAGUUGGGAUUUUUGGAUUUCAACAAAUUCCCUUUCAUUCGUGAUGGUGGCACUGGCCAGUGGAAGAAAAGUUUCACACCGGAAAUGAACAAGAAAGUCGACGCCUGGGUGGAGAAAAAUCUUCAGCGACCAGAAAUGAAAGAUUUCCCCGGCUUUGAGUAUGAAUGAAUUACCGAAGAUCUUUUGCUUUUUUCUGUUGUCUUUUGGUGGACGCUACUAGGUUUUGGUGAAAUUCUGCUAUGUUCUUUUAGAAAUAGUUGCGUAAAAAUGGUAAAUCGUAUGCUUUUCGAGGUGCUUCGUUUGUGGCGCAGUUUUUCGUUUAGAUUAACAGGAAUUAAAACUCAUGAAAUUUAAA